AUGUCACAAUCCCUCCGCCCUUACCUCUCCUGCGUACGCAGCACCCUCACCGCUGCCCUGAGCCUCUCAAACUUCGCCUCCCAAGCCAGCGAACGCCAUAAUGUGCCAGAGAUCGAAGCAGCGACCUCCCCCGAACUCCUCCUCAACCCAUUAGUCGUAAGCAGGAAUCAGGAUGAGAGGGUGCUUGUGGAACCGAGCGUGAACAGUGUGAGGGUCAGUAUCAGAAUCAAGCAGGCGGACGAGAUUGAGGGGAUAUUGGUGCACAAGUUCAUGAGGUUUCUGAGUCAGAGAGCGGAGGCAUUUUUUGUGUUGAGGAGGAAGGCUGUUGCUGGUUAUGACAUCUCGUUCUUGAUUACGAAUUUCCAUACUGAGGAGAUGCUGAAGCACAAGCUGGUCGACUUUAUCAUACAGUUUAUGGAGGAGGUGGACAAGGAGAUCUCGGAGAUGAAGCUUUUCCUGAACGCGAGAGCACGCUUUGUGGCGGAGAGCUUCUUGACACCGUUUGACUAG